AUCGUUUUGGUGAAAAUCUAUUUUAUGUCACGGGCCCACAACUACACGGUCAAGAGCCCGUUGAAUUUUGGUACAGUGCUAUAGAAGAUUAUAAUUUUCAAAGACCGGGUUAUAGUGCAGCAACUGCCAGCUUUACUCAAGUUAUAUGGAAAAAUACCCAGGAAAUGGGUGUAGGAGUGGCCAAAGUAGGCCGCUCUACUUAUGUAGUCUGCAAUUAUCAACCCAAGGGUAAUAUUAAAGAUAAAUUUGAUGAAAAUGUUUCGUUGGUAGGUGGUGAAUGUGUUUUAAUGUUUGAUAAGCAUCAAGUUCCCGUAAAAGUUGAUGCUUUUGCUGCCGAAAUGUUAAACUGUCACAAUAAUUUUCGAGCAAAACAUGGCUGUCCUUUAUUGAAAUUAAGUAAAGAAUUAAUGGAUUAUUGUGUGAAGUAUGCAAAUCAUCUUAUAGACAAUAAAUCCUCCACCGAUAUACCAAAAUAUGCCGUCAGUAUUAUCAAUUUCCCUGGAGUCAUACCGCCAGCCAUUGAAAUUGUUAGCAAUUGGUAUAAUGAAAUCGAAAAAUAUAACUUUCAAAAAUCACAAUUCAACAGGGAUUCAAGACAUUUUACCCAAAUUAUCUGGAAGAAUACGAAAUUUAUGGGAGUUGGUGUAGGUAAAAGAGAACAAAAUUCUAUUGUAGUGAUAAGUUAUGAACCAGCUGGUAAUAUAGAAAAUCAAUAUGCAGAAAAUGUACCUCCAGCAAUUUAAAGCAAGUUUAUUUUUGUAUUUUCUGUAAUGAAUAGUGACAAAAUAAUUUUAUUAAAAAAAUUUAGUUUUUAUU